AUGAAAACCGCUUCGCGGGCCGGGGCGCUCAAGGGCGCGUCGCGGUCGGGUCGGGGCGGCCUCGGCCGGGGUCGCCCCGACUUGAGAACAGCUCUGGUUUUGGGUCCUGGUGGCCAAGAAGGGCGGUUAGAGGACACGCCCCCGCUAGAAUAUACCAUUCGGGUCACGCGAUACCUCGUCACAUCUCUUCGGUACCAACAUGUGUUUCUUCUACCCUUAAUUGCUCUUUUUUCGAAGGCUUCUUUGGGACUUAAAAUGUCUUUUUUUUGAAGAAAACUGUCGUAAAGAUUUUUUUCACUUCACCUUGGUAUUCUUUUUCUCUUGUUCUACAUGUUCUUUUAAGUAGCAUGCUCUUUUUUUUGGCUCUAAAAAAACAACUUUUUUUUUCUAUGUCUUCUCAAAAAUUCUGGUCUGGGAUUUUUCUAUACACCUGCCUUUAUGCCGUUUUUCGAAGCGAAUGCUCGAAAAAAAAACUUUUUACGGUACCUUUUCCCAAAAAAUAAUCCUCGUCCAUCUAUGCCACUUUUUCCACAUUCACUUUCUUUUUUAAAAAGCUCUUAUGCUACUCAGAAUAACACAAAAAGCGGCGUUUCUUGUUUUUUUUUGGUUUUUUUAAUGCUACUUACUUACUUACUUAGAUACUUAGAUGGUCCAUCUUCGCUUUCGACCUUUUAUUGCCUUUUAGUGCCUUUCAUUGAUCGAAGCGUGGACCACACGUUUUCCAGGAGGUCUUAUGCAAUCGGUCAUCCAGUGUUGUCGGCCUGGUUGACUUGCGAAAAACUUCCAUCCGUGGUGUUGAACGUGGUAUAGCAUAAUUAGGGGGCGCAAAGCCCCGCCCCUUCACGCCACCAAAAUGACGAUUUUUUUGUUGCAAAAACGGUUUUGAGGCGUUUAUACUAGCUAAAGUCCCACUUUAAAAAUGAACUGUUUCUGUUAAUCUAUGUAAUCGACAACGCUCUACAAGACUGAAUAUUUUUUUAAAACUAUGUAUUUUUUUCAAAAAAAUAAGCGAAAAAAAGUAAGAUUUAACACGAAAAAAACUGACAAGUUUCACAAAAUCGUCGCGUUUCUGAAAAACCAAGUGAGGAACGCUUCUAAAUUUUUAAGUAUGUUAUACAUUAACACUUUCUUCAUUUUUUGAGUAAAAAUGAAAAAAAAUCUACCGACGCGAAAAAAAUAUUAAAGCUUGUAAAGUGACACCAAACUUUGAAGCUGAAAUGCGAAAAAAUUUCAGCGACAUGGUAUACUUUUUAUUUGAUUUAAAAACUAACAGUGUGUCCAAAAAUAAAAAUUCAAAAUGAAAAUAAUUAUUGGGACAGCGAAUCAAAUUAUAUUUGAGUUUUACCAAAACCUCCUUUUUUCGCCUGCCUCGUUGACGCAUGAGAGAAUAGGAUCGCGUUUAUACUUUUGAUCAGGUUAUUAAGCGUUCAAAAACUCUAUCGAUGAAAAAUUAUGAAAAAAAUCGAUCGACGCGAAAAAAAUAACGGCUUUGAAAACCUCGAAAUAAUGGCAAUUUUUUUUGAAAUUUUGGAAGAUUUCGUGCAAGUGUCCGUAGCAAUGUUUGCGUCAAACACACCGAUGCGUCCUUUUUAAAUGUUGCAGGAGCCGUUUUUUUCGAGUCAAAUUGCCCUUUUUUUCCUGUUUUAUUUCGAAAUAACAUUAUUUUUUUCAUUUUUUUCUUUUUUUCCAAAUCGAAUGAUAAUAAUUUUUUUCUGAGUAGAAAAAAAGAAAAAAAUAAGCUAAAAAAAUCUCUUUGACCUUUUUUUCUAGGUAGUUUUUUUGAUAUUUUAUCAAAAAAAUUCUUAUGAGGAUUGUACAAAAGAUUCAUACCAAAACUUGAGGCUCAGUUCGGACAACCUCUCAGAACAGAAAACCGAUUUAAAAACGGUCCAGAAACACGCAAAAACAUUUAAAAAGAAAGCGUGCGGCAGCGGGUAAACCGUGAGAUUUUGCCUCCAGUUGUACGCCGCGCGCGCUCGUUUUUUGGCCAUAAAUUUUUUCUUAGUGGAGCUUUUUUCAAAAACUAAACGGAUUAUUAAAAUGGACAGUCUCCUCUAUCGAACAAUGUAAAAAAACAUAUUUUUUUGAAUCGUUCUGAAGAAAUGGCUUGCGGUCCCUAUCUAAAGCAUAAGUGGCCCAUGAAGAGGUCUUCUAAAUUUUUGUUCAGCUUUGAGAAUUUCGAAGACAAAAGUUGUGAUAUUUUUUAAGUCAAAAAUGUUAAUUCUUUGGGUUUUUACAUGGAAAUGUUUCUUCUCAUAGAGCUCAUAAUAAUUUCCGACCAACAUGUCCCCCUAUAGGGGUCCCUUUUACAAGUUUUAGUGGCCCCUAUAGAGAUUUUAGAGCGGUUCCCUUCAAAAAGAGGAAAAUUUUGAUGCUUUUUUCAUAAUGUGCUUCACCUGGUUAUAUAAGUUUCAAUGAGAAAUGCAUAGUCUAUAGAAAUAACCGGGCCGGGAUCUCAGCGGGUGGACCCGUCUUAAACCCGUCUAAGUACCGCUGAGGCCGGCCCAUUUUUGAAACGAACCCAGUUGGUUUACCUAUUUCAUCUCGCCUGUGUUGGCACAAUUGAUACUGGAAAACACGGGUACACCCGCUAGGACGCCUGGCCACCCUGAUAGAGGCGAACAGACACCCCCCUCUGCCAGAUGUAAAUCACAACAUAGGGACGAUCCGCGAUCCCGCGACGAUUUUUCUUUGACGCAACCCUUUUCUGCCGGAACUUAUAUAAACUUUCAGGAUACUGUAUUCCGUCUUACUCUUUAACUUUUCCGCCAUUAUCCUUAGAAAUUCGUUUUGAUUUUUGCUUCGUUCUUUACAUUUUUCUGUAAAUUUAGCACUUUUCUACGAAAAACAAAGCAAUUUUAUCGAUUGAUUCGAGUUCUUUAGUAAUUUGCUAGUUCAGAUUGAGCUUUUUAAAGACUUUAAUCAUAAUAAUUAAUUUUUACAGGCUUGAAAGACCGAAUUUCGACAAUAUUAUAUUCAUAGAAAAGUCCCUAAUGGACCUCCUUGUAAGGACAUGAAGCUGAUCAAAUAUUUUUUUGAAAUAAAUGCGAAAAGCACCUUUUUUAACCUCAAAAUUUUGUCUUUUUCGGUCACAUUUUCCUCGAAAAUCCGGCCGGUUUUCCCUCAACCCCUUUCCAUUUUUCAAAAAAUCAAAUGAAAAAGACAAAAAAACCAAGAAUAAAAAUCAAUAUUUCUGAAAAAAAUACUUUGAAACAAGACUAUACUGUAUUGGAGCAGGCAAAAAGACCAUUUCGCGCAUCGAAACACGCUCCGUUUCUUUCUUGGACACCCCGUUUGUACACAAUCCAUCAGAAAAAAAAAAUAUGAAUUGCGCUCCAUGGCGAACGCCCUUCCCGUCUGGAUGUAUACUAACAAAUUUUCCAUUCCAUGGGUUUCUAUUGUUUUCAGAGACCAUUUUUUUUCAAUUGCAUAAAUCUCCUACGUCAUUGCAAGUUGCAAUGCCCCCCAAAAAAUCGAUAAUGCUAAAUAAUUGCCGUGGCUGUCUAUUCCAAUUGAACAGUUGCCCGAUUUCAUCGAUUUGCCUCGUCUUUGGCCCGAAAAUUUGCCAUUAUACUAUUUUUCUUACCUUUCAAUAUAAUAAAAUAAAAUCUUGAAAGCUUUCAAUUCACAUUUUAUAACGAGAAAAAAAGUUUUGCCGAGAAAACAGAAAAAAACCCUUUUCUGACCAAUUUCUACACUUGAAAAACAUUUUUCCAUGUUUUUAAAAAUAAUUUAAAGUAAUGCAUUUUUUUGUUUUGUUUUGGCAAUAGUUUAUUAUCUUAUGGAUUACGGGCUUUUUAUGCAAUAAUUUGUUUUGAACACUAUUUUCAAUGACCUCAAGCAACUCAAAAUAACAAACAUUAUUUUUAAAAAUUUCAUAUAUUUUUUUCCAUUGUAAUAAAAUUAAUUUUUAGAACGGAUGAGGCACAUGAAAGUGGGCGUGGCCUACACCGUCUAAGUCGAGCCACCGUGCUUGCUUUUUUUCCUCACAGUUCCAAUUUCGAAAAACUUUUUGAAUUAAAUUAGAAGUAAAGAAGUUUAUUUAGAAGUAAAGAAGUUUAUCUUGAUUACUCCAUCUAUCCAUCUAUCCAAUUAUUCAAUAAAAAAAUCUCCGAAAUGAGACUCCGUAUCCACUAUGGUUUAGAAGUCGAUGCGCUAUCAAUACCGUGUAGCUCCAUGCGCAAAAGACGCUUUGUCAAAGACAGCUUUCUCUGUGUAUAUUUUGAAAUUGGUUUUUCUUGGACUUCGUCUUUUUCUUUCUCUCAAUUUUAUAUACUGCGAAAAAAAUUGACAUUGUCUUAGUUCUAUAAGUUGGAUAAAAAAAAUACAUAAUCGAUGAACAGUAUUUCCGAAAGGUGUUACCAAUAGGUUUUUUUAAAAAUUAUUUCUCUGUUUAUAAAAAAAUAAUUUUUUUAUUAUUUCUUACUGUAAAUUACGCGUGUUUACACAAACAUCUGUUCGCGCGCGCGAUAAAUUUUGCGCCAAAGUCGCGGGAGGUCCCGCAAGUUUUUUCGGAAGUUAUGUUUUGAUAAACGUUUUUUUAAAUUUAUUAGUACUCGGUUAGCUAAGUAAAACUUAGAUUCUUCGUGGGUAGAAGGUUGAAAUUUCUGAUAAAGCAUUCCCGCGAACGUUACAAACCCAUCCGCGAGUCGUCCGCGGGAAAUUCAACGUUUCGAAGUAAAGAUCUAACUAAUAUUGGAUUUUUCGUCAGUUCUAAAAAGAAACAACCAUCUUGAGUUUUCAGAACAAAAAGAAAAUCAUAAUUGGAGCUGAUCGGACUUACUUUUUUCAAAUCUUCAUUUUGACCUCCCAUUUUUUGGUUACGUUUUCAGCGGUUUUCACUGAACAUGUAAUACUCGUCUAAUUUUUCACUUCAAUACCGUUUUUAGUUCACUUUUCCGUCAUUUGAGUUUGAACUACACUUUGUUUGCCUAAAUAAAUUCAGCACGUGUAUUUCACGUGAUCAUGUUGAUUAGAGGUUGCUCAUACUAGCUUUUCCCUGUUAUUCGACGGAAAUCCAUAUCAUUCUUCUGCAGUUUCUCGUAUCAUACUCGUACGUUUUCAUUUUUUGUUCGUUACGCGUUUCUUUGCUCAUAAUUUUAUUGCUUCUGUCGUUUUUGAAUGCGCAGUUAUUGAAUGAAAAACGGCCCUUUUAUUUGACGCAUAUAGUCUGCUCAGAUUUUGAAUUUCAAGCCGUCGGUCAAACGCCGCCCCUUACUCGUAGACCAAACUAAUCAGAGAGCGAGCCAUCUACAGGGCGCUGUUGGGGGCGGAUUUCUUUCUUUAAGAUUCAAAAACAGACUGGGUGUUUUGCGCAACCAAGUUUUGUGCAGAAAUGUUUCGCUUGAUUUCUAUUUUUUUUAAGUUUUUAAACGCACUCUCUCUUUUUUAUCGUGACAGGACCCUUUUUUUCAAGCCAGCCAAGAAUCAGCUAUGGUUUUUGGUCUCCAUAAUUUAAUUGAUGUGGGGUUAUGUAUCCUUUAAAGCUUUUUCACCCUUGUGGGCGGCAAAAAACUCGCAAAAGACAAUGGAAAUCAAUCGAUUCAUUUCUGCGCGAAACAUCUAUAUUCUUUUUUUUUCUGUGCUUCUUUCGAAACAUUUAGCAAAAAACUUUUAAACAGACGGUUUUACAGAUUAUAUGUUGAUGUGCAACUUUUCAUUUGUUUUCAAAAUCACUUUCUCGUUUCUACUUUAUUGAACUAGCUUAGUUCUUUACAGCUCUAAAAGUAAAAAAAAAGCUUUUUUUGUCUUUGCUUUCUUUAACUUUGUUGGAGAUUCGUUUCGUUUCACUUUUACAAUCUUCUUCGGUUUUUUUCCAAACUUUUACUUCUCUUUGUAUUGUUUGAUAGUGAUGAAAAUUUGUCAAGCCAAACAAAACAUGUUUUCUGUAGCGAUUUCGAUCUUGCGCCUUGAAAAAUUCCACUUCUCUUUUUUUUUCUCGUAAACUUUGCCCGUUCAUGAAACGAUUUAUCAUCUAAAUCAAUAUUUUUCAGAAAGUUUGUUUUCAUUAGAAGAUACUCGACAAAAAAUGGCUCUUGAAAAGAAGAUGGAGAAAUUGACUGUAAGUUUUGGUAUUGGGAAAAUAGAAGGGAAUUUCGGAUUUGAAGGUCGGAGGUCCGCUCAUCGAGUUCGCCCCGAAAAAACAGCCUGGAAAUGCUGGAACUCAGACGAACUUGGUCAGCAACCUCGCCAAAACGAGUUAGAAAAUCGUUGAAGUUGAUAGAAGAUCAUCUUUUCGAAUUUCAGCCAUACCGAAGAACACACAAUUUUCAAAAUAUGACGUUAACAUCGAAUUGGGAUUCGAAAAUACGGACAGGGUGAAGUCGCUGACGCGUGGAGGUUCCAAAGACGAGUAAGGGAGAAAAUAUUCGAAAUGAAGAGAAAUCUUCAAAAGAUUAUAAGGGCUUUUUUUCAAAGUUCGGUUUCUGUAUGCUUAUUUGAUGGUAUUAAUUUGAAGAAUUGUCAUUUUGUUCUCGUUAAUAUUUUUGUAGAAGGCGCUCGAGAAAGAUUCUGUGAAAAAGUCGUAAUUUUUUUUUAUAGCUGUUGAAAAUCGAAAGAUAAGCUGCUUUAACGGAAAGUCUUCUAUUUCGGGUUAGGAAUAUACUGAAAAUCGGCAAAAAUCGUCUUUCGUAAACCAGAAGGAAAACCUCCAAGUCAACGAAAUUCAUCAGAAUUUGUGAAAAUAGGCUAUUUUUAACUUUGAGGCGCCUGUUUUUGAAAAAAAAAGUUAUGAAAUUUGAGAAUUUUGAGCCUUGUUCUAACUAGGGAACUACUCGGACUCGGGUACGCAUUUCGAGUUCAAACUUUAGUGGUUUAUAGACCUAAGUCAGAAUACUUGAAAACAAGAGAGAAUAUCUGCUAAACCCAAUAGAGAACGGAGAAAAAAUUAGUAGAAAAUGUGAAAAUUAGGCCUGAAAAUUUUCAGAAUACCGCUUUUUACCUUGUUUUAUAUUUUAAUACAAUCGCCUUGGAUGAUCCGGCUAUGAUAAACUCUAAAAAACUUUUUUCCAGCCGAAAGAAGAAGGAAAACUGAAUUUUAAUAAUUUUCAAGCCUAAACUGUUCAUUUUCAAAAAGCUUUGUCUCAGAAGCCUAUGGGGUUUAGCAGAUAAUCUCUCUUGUUUCCAAGUACUCUUACCCGGGUCUAUAAGCCACCAAAGUUUCAACUCGAAACGGGAACCCGAGUCCGAGUAGCUCCCUAGUAAGGGAUUCUGUGAAAUCUAAAUUAGCAGUCAGAGAGGGAAAAAGAUAAGCGGCAAUUACUUUGAUAACAAUUUUAUCUCUCUAAAAAUCAACAUUUUUUCAGUACGACCCAACAGGAGCGUCGGAUGCAGGCGACCGCGAUUUACAAGAAGGCCGUCUCGCAAAACGCCAGUUUUUUCAAAAACGCGACAUGCUUUUAUGAUCGCCAAGCGAACUUGUAUUCACUCGAAAAACUCGAAUGUGGACCCGAAGUUCGUCCUCGGUAUCAAAACCAAUGACCAUGUCAUGUUCAGGGCACUACUUUUGAAUUUUCUCCCAGGGAUUUCGAAUUUUUGUCCCAAGACGUGGUCAAAGUGACUAUCACUUUCUCGGCGGUCGCUGACAGUUUCCAAGUAAAUUUUGCCAUUUUUCGUGGAGUUUUUUAUUAUUUCCAUGUGUUUUUUUCAAACUUCCUCGUGGGAUCUUUUCUCAUGCGCCUUUAAAAAGGCUGUGAAUUUCCUGCGCCUUUAAUAAUCGCUUUUUUUAAAAAGUUUAUUGUUAUAUUUUUUUAGAAAUGAUUUUUUUGUAGUUUGGAAAGAAACCUCGUUUUUUUCAUGUAUUCAGAGUUGAUUGAAAAUUUCAAUUUUUAAAAAAAUGUUGAAAAUCAAUUAUUUUUUUAGGCAAAAAUUUAAAAAAAGCGAAAAUUUCGCUUCUAGUGUUCUCAAAAUCAUUAUGAAUCCUUGGAAAAAAAUUGAGAAUAUUAUUAUUUUUUUGAUUUUUAAACACGAUUUCCUUUUAAGAAAUUUGACCAUUUUUUUGAGAAUUUUUGUCGUUUUUGACUGGAUUUUUGUCCAAGAAUUUUUGUUUUUUUGCAUGAACUUUGCUGAUUUUUCAAAGUUACCUAUCGAUUUUCCAGGCCAACACCAACAAUUUGGCUUCGUCGUGCCGACCCCGUGCUAGCGAAUCCGACAAGACCCUUCUGGAAGCCGUGAACUUGAUCGUUUCUGGAAAAGCUCUUGUGGAGUGAGCCCAAACAUUCCCGAAAAAAAAGCGUGUACCUCGAUUUUUCAGCGAAAACGUCAUCACCUAUGGAAACUGUGUUCAUUAUUUGUACAAUACGGAGUCGGUCGGGUACGUUGAAAAGUCAAAUUUCGGAUCCGUUUGAAACGGAAUUUUACAAAUUUCUAGUGAAAAAUUCGAUAAGAAGAAAGGAAAAGGAGCUGUGAAAAGAAAGCUCCAAAAAUUAUGGAAAAAAAAUAAGUCUUUUGAGCUCUUUUUUUCAUAGCCUCAGACCCUUUUUAGUUGCUUUCAAGCGUUUUUGAAUUGUUUUAAAAAAAUAUGUAAAAGUGACAUUGAAAAAGAUUUUUUUCAGGGACCCUUUACAGAUUUUUUAUUUUGGAAGAACCUUUUGAAGAGCUUUUCUGUUUCACCCAAGCUGUUUAUAUUAAAAAUCAAUAUGCAGAGCGGUCGAGUUGCGGUUUUUUUUUGGCGCCAAUAUGAAUUUUUCUGUUUCCGUUAUGCAUUUUGUGAAUGUCGUGGUGGAAAUAAUUCUGAAUUUUUGUCAAAAAUGACCAAAAUGAGUUAAAAAUUUGAAGUUCGGCGCGUAAAAAGUCACAUAUUGCGAUGGAUCGUUGUAGGACCCAAUUUUUUUCUAAAGGCUCCUGGGAUUCUGCCUAUUUUAAGAAAUAAUUUUGAACGAAUAACGCUUCGAUUUUUGAAACAUCAGAAUGAUUUUGAACACGGAAAAAUUGAUCAAUUUGCAAGAAAAAAAUUCAAAAAAAAAAAUCCAAUUUUCGGCUUUCUUUUUGAAUGACUUGAGAUUUUCCACGAAAUAGUCCCACGAUAGCAAUAACUUUUGAAUUGGCCGUAAAAAAGGGCAUCGCCUUUCACACACUUUAUAGCUUCUAAGCGCUGUUUGAAGACUUAAGAAAUAGAUUCCAAAAAAAGCUAUGAAAAGUUGAGGGUCAGCGAUUUUUCCAAUGGAAGCAUUUCCAAGUUUUACAAUGUUGCUGGGGAAAAUUUAAAAAUUCUCAUUUUUUUAAAUGAAUUUUUCUGUUAUACCAAUUGGCUUAUGAAUAGGAGAAUGAUGAGAAUAACAGGAAAAUGAAGGGAAAAGAAAGAAAAUGUGAGGAAAAGGGUCAAAAAAGGUUUCAUUUUUGCUGCCUUUUUGCGCCAUUCCAUCGGCCUUUUUCCACCAUUUCUUGCCUUGAAAGUUCUAGCAAAAAUCGGAGGCUCGAUAAAGGGACCCUUUUUGCUGCCUUUCUGGGGCCUUUUUGCGGCCUUUUUUGAGCGUCUCCCUUUCAGCGGUCAUUAUCCGAAAUUCCGACUUUGCCCGAGUUUUGGGAAAGCUUGUGAAUAUCUGACUAGCCCGACCAAAAGUUGUGAGAAGACUCGAUAUUUCCCAACUUUUUCCAGACUUCCCCUCCCUCCGAAUUUCACGACUGGCGACAAGUACAUCGGGACGGGACUGACCAAGGCGGUGAAGGUCCUGGAAGGGAAUCCGACGGCGGCGGCCCCGGUGACCGCCUACACGGUCUGCGAGAUCAAGAGCUCCGCCUUCCAUCUCGACAACGAGCCCCUCAUGGACAAGUUCAACGACCUGAUGCCCCCCAAGAAGUCGCUGCCCAUCAACGCCGAGCCCAACUCUCCAGAAGCGCGUCAACUUUUGCGUCUCGUCAAAGGUUUCGACUAAAAUUCUUGUCUUUUAGUACCUCUGAUUGAUUUUUUUUGUCAGUUAUCAAAUGGAAAGUUGAAAAAACGCCUAUUUUAUACGAUAGAUUGGAAAGGCUUUUCGUUUAGGAAAUGUAAAUUUGUAUACUUCUUCAAACGUGCCUUGUCGUGUUACCUCGAGAUUUUUAACAGAAAAAAAUUUUUUUUAAGCAAAGAGCGGUUUGAUACAUACUAGAGGUGUCACAAAAAAAAUCCCAUAAGUUUCUGGGAAAAUUUUUAGGGGCCACUAUAGAGGCUCGCCAAAGACUACUUGGAUAGGACACUGAAGUGGCCACUAAACCCAACUCUGAUAAUUUUAAAACAAACAGAUUAGACCAAUUAUGUUAAUCCAUUGACCCCUAAAGUGGCCACUAGAAAUUUUAGUGGUCUAAAAUUAGCACUUAGACCUCUAUAGCGACCACUUAUUUUUUACUCCUUGAGGGGCCACUAAUUUGACUACUAUAGUGGCCACUGAAGCAUCGAAACCCUAUAGUGGCCACUAAAAAUUUUCCCAGUUAAAAUUUGAUCAGAAAUUGAUUUUUCUGUGUUUUUUCUUGUCGUUUUUGGGAAUGAAGGUUCAGGUGUCAGAGAGAUCCGUUUAAUAUCUGAAAAAUUUGAAUUUUAAACUUUUUUCAAAAACGACAUGUUAAAAAUGAAAUGUUAUUAUCAGGAAGUGUAUUAUAGUUGAUUCAUUUGCAGGAAUCGCGGUCCGCGUGAAAUACGGCGACAGGAAAAGCUUCAUUUUGGGCGGAUUCGGGCCGGUCGCCAACUCGAGUGCCUCUGCGUCAGUUUCCGCAUUUGAAAAGCAUAUGGACUUUCCUGUUUCAGGUUCGAACACAACGGCCAGCGGUACACCGUUGCCGAGUACUACGAAAAAGUGCUCAAGAAGAAACUGAAGUAUGUAUCAGAAAAAAAAUUGUUGAUUUAUGUUCAUUCUGUUAUUAAUAAUAAUUGGAAGUUAAAAGGAAAAAGAGUUUCUUUCAAAAUUUGAAAUUCGAGGAUUCCGAUCAAUUUUAUGCCGUGUUUAAAGUAAUUUUCGCGAUUUGCAAAAUUAUCUCUGACCCUCCAAAAUUUAGUUAUCUUUUUCUUUCUCUGACGGCAAUUUUUUAAUUUUCGCGGAAUCACUUUAAACACGGCAUUAGGCCCUCUGAAAAAAAAUUUUAGGCUUGAUUUUUUUUUUCGCGUAUUUGGCUCAGUUCAUUUUUCAACCUGAUUUUGGAAAAACGAGCGUUUUUUUUUUUAAACUAAUUUUGUCGUUUUUCCUAAUUUUCCACAAUUUAUUUCACUUUUUUUUUUCGGUGUUUUUUGUAAUUUCACGUUGAUUUUUCAAUGGCAGGGCUCUCCUGGCACCAAAAAUUUCCUUAUCAAAAUUUCUGAUGGUUACCAUAUUUUUAAUUUUUUUGCGGAAUCACUUUGAACACGACAUGAGGACUUUUGAAAAAAAAUUUUAGACUUGAUUUUUUUUCGAUUUUUUGGCUCAGUUCAUUUUCAUCACUUUUCAACCUGAUUUUUUUUUGAGCAUUUUUUUAACGCUAAUUUUGUCAUUUUUCCUAAUUUUCCACACUUUAUUUCACUUUUUUUUUCGGUAUUUUUUGUAAUUUCACGUUUUUCAGUGAGGGAGAAGCUCUCCUGGACUAUACUAGCAAAAAAAAUUUUAUCAAAAUUUCUGAUGGUUUCCAGGAACCCGAGCCUUUUUACCGUCUACGACAGCAAAAAAAGGAACAUCCGGUACCCGGUCGAAAUGCUCUACGUGGCCGAAAAUCAACGGGCGACGACCGGCCAACUGGCGCAUAAGCAGCAAGCCGAACUCGUCAAAGUAAUCCUUGGGGAAUGAUGGAAAUCUGGCGGAAAAACUAUAGGAAUUCCAGAGUGGUCACUAGAGGGGCUAGGGGGAAAAAACAGCCCCUUAAAGAGCUCUAAAGGUUGUCCCUUGAGGGGUCCCUCCAAGAGCCCUUAAGGUUGCCCUACUCUUAAGUAUACAGUCUGUUCAGAAUUUGAAUAACCUUAAGAAUCCUAGAAUGGUCCCCAUAGGGGGCUCACCAUGAUUCCCUUCUAGGGACAUAUUUCCUCCCCCUAUAGUGACUACUAACGCUUGAAAAAGUGGCCCCUGUAGGGGUUUUAGUUAGGGAGCCCUAUUGAGACAGGCUGGUCGAUUAAAAAAGAAUCUUAAAAUCUUAAAAAAGAAAUUUUAAAAACCCUAUAAGGACCACUUGAGCGAGCUUAAGGGACAGGUCCUAAAUCCCCGUAGGGAUCACUUAAAUUUCCCCUCUGUAGGAGGCUUUUCUCCCUCUAUAGGGACCAAUCUGGCGUUACUAAGUACAAAUUAUUCACCGUUUUUAAUUUUGUCUAAAUUUUUCUGUAUGGAAGUGAAGUUAUUGGGCGUCAAAAUGAUUUUUAGGAAUUUAAAAUAGCCGUCAGAGAGUGAGAAAGAUAACUGACUUAUGGAGAGUCAGAGAUAAUUUUGCUUUUGGCGGAAAUUACACGCCAUUUUCACUAUUUCAGGUUGCCGCGGCUCUUCCGGCUGACCGCCUUGAAAGGACCAGAAAGUUGAAAAAUGCGUUGGGUCUAAACUCGCGCGAACCGAUGCUCAAAGACGUCGGAAUCGUUAUUUCCGAUCAAUUCGAAGAGGUUUUCAAUCAAGGUCGACAGAUUUUUAAUCCAUACGGAUUUCAGGUCCCUGGUCGUAUUCUCGAAGCCCCGGCUCUCGAAUACGCCCAGAAAAAGAUCGUCCGUGUCGAAGACAACAACGUAAGAAAUCGUAGAACAUGGAAUUCUCCUAAUAUUCAUCUUUCCUCCGAAAAUUUUUUUUUUUAAGAACUUUAUUCUGAAUCAAACGAGACUUAUGCGCCUUUAAAGGCACAGGGACGGCAAAAACAAAAGUUCUCUUUUGGUAAAACUUGGUACCUUUCCAGAGCACAUGGCGAACGAAUGGAACGAGAUUCGUUCAGCCUGCGAAUCUUCAGAAAUGGACGCUCUAUGCGAUUGAGACCAACUUCAACGUCAAGUCAGUAGUAAUUCUAUAGGAAAAUUGGGGAAUUUUAACUCUUAGCGAUAUCGCUUUUCGGCAUCGCGAAUGAACCGCUUUUUGCCACGCUAGACUUGCAUUUCUCAAGCGCACUCGAAAAAAAAAAUGGAAAAGGAAAAAAACGCGAUAUCGCGCGAGGAUUGGUUGCGAUUCAUUGACGACAUCGCGGAUGAACAGCUUUUAAGCCGCGCCGGACAUUUCUCUCGCGCACUCGAAAAAUGAAUUUUGAAUACUAUCAAACGCGAUAUCGCGCGAGGAUUGGUUGCGGUACAUUGACGACAUCGCGAAUGAACCGCGCCAUUUCUCUCGCGCCCUUGAAAAACAUUCGAAAGUUCUCGAACGCGAUAUCGCGUGAGAAUUGCUUGCGGUACAUUGACGACAUCGCGAAUGAACUGCUUUUAACAGCGCCGUACUCGCAUUUCUCGCUCAAAGAAAGUUACCAAAGCGCGAUGUCGCGCCGAGAAAAUUUCAAGACCGACGCAGAAAAAGAGCUUCAGUUUUUUUUGUCACUGUAUCGCCAGCGAUAUCGCCUUCAGCAACUUUUUUGUUUUUAGUGUAACUUAAAAAUCUCCCGAUUUUUCUAAAAAGUUUUUCGAAAUUUUUUUGAAUUCAAAAUUUUUCUGAUCCUCUAUAUUAAUAGGACAGUUUAAAGAUCGUGAAAAAAACAUCUCCCGAUUUUUCUAAAAAGUUUUCGAAAUUUUUUUGAAUUCAAAAUUUUCUGAUCCUCUAUAUUAAUAGGACAGUUUAAAGAUCGUGAAAAACAAAAAAAAAAUAGCACCAUUUUAAAAAAAAAUUAGGCGAAAUACCUAUACAUUUUUUUUCCAGCGAAUACGUGAAAAGGCUGAUUUUCAAAGCGAAGGACAAGGGAAUGAACGUGGCCCAGCCGAACAUCAAGAUGAUCUCGCCCUACCGCGGAGGUCUUGCGGGUCUUUUCGAUCAGGCGAUCAAGGCCGGCAGCACGUUCAUCAUGUUCAUCUCCAACGACAACCUCAACCUCCACAGUAAUCCUUUCCCCUCUUUUUGUGACAUUUUAGAAGAAUGGAAUGCUCUGAUAUUUAGUUUUCAGAAGAAAAUGUGGUAAGAUGGAAAAAAAAAGUCCUUUGAUCCUCUUUAGUUCAACUUUCUUAUUAAUUUCUGAGGAAAGAGCUAGGAAAUUUCGAAAAAUUUCAAUUUUUUAUUUUUCCCAUGUUUAUUCCCCCCACGUUUUCGUGACUUUUUUGUGACAUUUUAGAAAUUCGGAAUGCUCUGACAUUAGGCCUUGUUCAAAGGGAUUCCCGUGAAAUUCAGGAUUUUCUCUGACUCACCAAAAUUUUAGUUAUCUUUUUCACUCCCUGACAGCUAUUCUGAAUUUCGCGGAAUCACUUUGAACACGACAUUAAAGUACAAGAAUUGAGGUGAUUUUUGGCAAAAAAAUAUUCGCAUAAGUUUUAGGACAGCUAUAUAAUAUAACUCGAAAAAAUCCCCCCUAAGUGAUUGCUCAAUGGUUCAAAACCUUGAAAAAAAAAAAUCACAAAAUUCGCAAAAGAUUGAGCUUCUUUUUGCAGAUGAAAUCAAGCUCUUGGAACAAAAAUUCCAAGUCGUGACCCAGGACAUCCGCAACUCCAAGGCCAGCCUCACCAUCGAAAAGAACCAGGGACAAACCCUCGAGAACGUCCUGAACAAGGUAAUCCCGACAAAAAUGGACAUGAAAUGCAAAAGUUUGGUUUAGACCAACAAGAAGCUCGGCGGCCUGAACUACACUCUGGCGCAAGGAAACCCGAAAUCAGUGAUCGCCUCCCCGGAACGCGUCAUUUUGGGCUUCGAAAUGAGUCAUGCCGCUCCGCACAGCGAUGUGGGAUCAUUUGAUAGGCUUUUUGGAAAAAAAACGAGAAUUUUGAAUAGCGGGUGGAACUUUGAAGUUGUCCUUUUAGAUUAAAAAAAAACGUCCGCAAAGCGAUAAGAGGUCAUUUUUUGGCUUUUUUGUUGAGAAAAUCGACUAUUUCGUUAGGCUGACCCAAAAACUUUCCGAUUAAACUUUAAAAAACAAAAAUUGGCGAAAAUCCGGAUAUUUGUGAUUAUAUAUUGGCUUUUUCGAGAGAAAAUCAAUGAUUUCGGUAAGCGCGGCUGAAACUGAAGUUGUUUCAAUAGAACACAAUAAUUAUAACCUUUAUAAGCUGGAUCAAAAUUUUUAAAUUGUCUUUUUAGUGGGAAGCGAUAAAAUAAGAAAAUAUCGAUGAUUUUGAUCAGCAUUUUUAAAUUUCCUUUCACAAAAUUGACGGUUUUUUCGGAUUUUUUUUUUACAUGGACUAGCUCACCAUAGUCGCGCGCACAGUGCUAUUUUUUUUUUUCACUGUUUUUGGAAAAUGGCCGCUGAGUAUCCUUGAUUUUUCUGUCAUAUCAUUCCGAAACGAAAAACAACCAAGGAAGCAAUGUCAGAACUGUCAAAUUUUGAAAAAUUCAAGCUGAAAUAUUUUUCAAAAGCGUCCAUGAGAAGGUUGAGAAAAUCUUUCAUUGACUAGGAUGAUUCUUGAAAUUCAUUUGGGAAAAGCCGUGGUUUUUCUUCGAAAAAGAUCAUUGGAAGGGAGAAGAAUUGAAGCUAAUAGCGAGAUUUUUUCACGAAAAUACAUAUUCUUUCCCUUUUUAAGCUCAAUUACGACCUUGAAUUCACGCUCUUCAACUCAUCUGAUCAAUAUUAUUCUAACUUUUUUUCUCGACUUUUUCAUAAAAUAACAUUUUCAGCAGCCUUCCGUCUUGGGAUGGUCGGCCAAUAUCGGCGCGGGCUCAACGGAAAAAAAUUCGUCGGCGGCUAUUACUAUAUUGACAGGAAGAAUGAGGUUUUAACAAUAAAAAAAGGAGAAAAUUCUGAUCUAAAUGAUAUUCCAGACGUUCUGCGCAAUGGUUCAGAAGGUGAUCCUGGCGGUGGCCAAGAGUCGUUCCGUGAAACCGAAACAUUUGAUGAUCUACAUCAACGGCAUCGAGCAGGGCUCCUAUGCGGCGGUUCCUUUUUCUUCUUCUUUCUAAAAAAUUUCCAGCUUUUUGGGAAAAAUAAUUGAAAAAGAUAAAAUUUUCAGCUUUUUUGGAGCUAUAUACUGAAGAAAAACUAAAUUGUUUUUUUGUCUUUUUGGGGCAAAUUACUUGAAAAAAAUCUACGUUUUCCAAGCUUUUUUUGAGUAAACUUAAUAUUUUUUUCGAUUUUUAUAUUAGAUUAUUUAUUGAAAAAAAUUACCGUUGUUGGGAUAAACUUUUUAAAAAAAUCAACAAUUUUUUUGCCUUUUUUUCUUGGAGAAAUCAUCAAAAAAAUCAGGUUUUUUUCGCCGCUUUUUUUCUGGUAUAAAUUAUAGAAAAAAAUCAUAUUUUUUUCGUAUUUUUCUGGACAUAUUAUUUAGCAAAGUCAUCAUUUCGCCCUUUUUUUGGUAUCAUUUAUUAGAUAAAACAUCCUUUUUUUCGCUUAUUUUGUGUGCAAAUUUAAUGAAAAAAAUCGGGUUUUUGCUUUGUUUCUGUUAGAAACUUGUGAAAAAAAGAGACUUUUUUUCGACUUUUUGUGGGAAAAAUUAUUGAAAAAAAUUCAUGUUUUUUUCGCUUUUUUUGUACCCUUUUUAUCAAAAAAAGCAAAAUUCUACAUUUUUUUCUCGGGGCCAAAUUUAUCGUCUUUUUUUGAAAUCCUUGUCUCUGGGGAUUCAAAUCUCUAGUUGAUCUCAUUUUUUUAAAUGUUUUUCAUGAUUUUUUUGGGAUUUUUUUCAUACACCAGAAAUACAAUGGAAUCUAAAAAAAUUCUCAUAAAAAAACAAUUAAAACCCAGCGAAACUUCUCCGUUCGAAAAUAAUGAUUUUUUUUUCGCAGAUUCUGGACGAAGUGAUUCCGGCCCUUCGGAAAGCCUGCGUCGAGGCUCAGUUCCGGCCUCUCAUGACGGUCAUGGCCGUCAACAAGACCCACAGUGAGAGACUCUUCAAGGAGGUCGGUUUUCGUCUUUUUCCAGGAGGAUAUACUGAAAAAUAUGAUUUAUUUAUUAAAAAAUGAAAAAUUCAGCUUUUAGGCUCGUUUUUCAUAUUGAUACGAGCUCAAACAGACAUUUAUAAGGGCUGGGAAGGGUCCUGAUGUUUUUUGAGAGCGAAAAAUGAAGUGAUCUCCUAUGGAACUGAAUUUGCAUUUAAAAUGAGGAAUAAGGUCGAAAUUUGAGAAUUUACGUGAGAUUUUAUGCACCUUCUCUUAGAGGCGCUACCGUGAAAAGCAAUAAAAAUCUCUUUUUAAUCAUCAUUUUUUUCAUAAAUUCUCACGUUGGCCUUUUUAAGGAGCAUAGAAGAGUUUGGAAAAAAAGUAUCGAGACGAAGAGUCGUUUUUCAGGGUUAUUUUUUUAGGUAUUGCAAGGUUUUUUUCGCCUUUUGAAAAAAAUCUUAAAAAUCUUUUUGAAAGAAAUUUUUUUCACAUGAAUCAAGUGUUCAUAGCCAAUUAGAAAAAUUUUUCUCCUGAAAAAAAGAUUUUUGAAGAAAAUGAGAAUUUGGUCUUUUUCGAUUGCUGAGGUACCUCUUGAAAAAGACUGAAUUUUUUUCCAAAAAUUAACCUUUCCGGUGUUAUCUUUGAUCAUGAGCCUAGGUCUUAAUUUUUUAAAUUGCUAUCGCUGAAAAUUUCAGAUUUUUCUAGUAAAAAUGUUUCCAGUGUUAUCUUCGAUCAUGCGAAAUUUUGUUCGCCUUGAAAAACCCUCAGAAUUUUUUUGUAUGGAAAAAGUUUGAAGAGAUUCUUAUUUUUUUAUCGAUAUCAUUAGAAAUUCACGAUUUUUCAGAAAAUCACCGGCGGUCGAGGCGCUGAACAGAACAUCACUCCGGGCACGAUCGUCGAUAAGAAGAUUGUCAACCCCCAGUUGACGGAGUUCUACCUGAGCUCUCAGCUCGCCAUCCAGGUGACUUUCCGUCCCUUUUUCCCGAAUUUAACCGUUUUUUCAGGGAACCGCCCGUGCGGCCAAGUACACGGUUGUCUACGACGACCACAACAUGUCGACUGAUGCCAUCGAAGUAAUUUUUUCUCCUAGCUUCUGAGACUUUUGAAGGAGUUUAUGGGUUGUAGAAUGAGAAAAGCCUCAAAGUUUUGGAAAAAGCGACUUUUCUUUUUUUUUUUUCCAGAUUCCUAGUUCGUUCCCAAGAAGUUGAGUUGUUGAUUGGUGAAAAAAUGACUUAUGAAGUCGGAAAAGUUAGGCCUGAUUUUCAGAGUUUUGAAGAAGUUAGUGAGCUGUGGAUUGGAAGAAAAAUGUCACGAAAUUUCGAAACAAAAAAAGGCAUUUUUUUCCUUUGAUUUUUCAAAAGAUAGGAAAAUUGAUUGAAAUAAAAAUUCCAUCGAGUUUCAAUGAUUUUUUUCUGAUUUUUAAGGGUUUCCAAUACUUUUUAUGAGUCUUGUAUUGAAGAAAAUGACCAGAAAGUUAGAAAAAAAGUCAUUUUUUUCAUGAAUUUUCAAAAAGUUUAUGGAUUGUAGGUUGGAAGAAAAAAACCGUAAACUUCUAAAAAAAUAAUUUUUUUACAGAUUUUUUUGAGAGUUUAAAAAAAGGUUUUUCUGAAAUUUUUUUGCUCAUUAAUAAUAUUCUAACUUGAUUUUAGAUGAAUCCUCUUUUUUCCCUGCGGAAAUUUUUCAUAGAAAGAUAAGUGCUCUAUAGUGGACACUUUAGGAGUUAAUUUUGAUGCUCUGGAACCAUUUUGUAAUCAUAAACGGGUGACGCGUGCGGAGCAUUUGGGUGGACGUUCGAAAAAGUCCUAAAACCCCUUGAGUGGCCACUAAACUACAUUUAUGAUUUUUAUGUUUUUUUCAAGUGUUGAGGUAGAAUUCACUCUAAGUACCGGUUGGUAUAACCCUUAUAGAAAUUGAAAUUUCAUGAGAUGAAAAACGAAAAAAAGUAAGAUUUUGAUUUGAAGGGAGUGACGCACGCGUUGGCUUUCUUAUACGGGGUGGUGAGUUCUGCGAUAUCGCUUCCGGCGCCGCUCUACAUGGCCGGAAACUACUCGAAACGAGGCCAUAACAACUAUAUCGCCGCCAAGUCAGUUCUUCUCUUCAUUUGUUAGAAAAAUUUGUGAAUAAUUUAGCUAGUUUCAAAUCUAGAAUCAGGCACCAAAACCUCGGAUUUUUUUACUGUGUUAAAUUUGAUACUGUUUCUUUAAAAAUUCUGAUUCUUUCGAUUAAUUAAGGAAAUUGAGUCCGAAUUUUUUUCUACGUUAUUACUUACAAUUUUCUGUAGAAAACUGCCUUUGCUACUGUAUCUUUACCGUAAUUUUCACCUACAGUAACCGGAAAAAUGAUUGAUUCAACAAAUUUAUUAUUUCUGCGAACUUUUCACCUACAGUAAUCCAGUGAUUUACUACUUCCGCUCGUUUUUUUCUUAUUUUUCGGUCAAAAAAAUUAUUAUUUCUGCGGACUUUUUAACUUACAGUAACCCAUAAAUGUUAAAAACUUCACAUUCGAUCGUUUUAUUUGUAUUUUUCUCGAUCAAAAUCAUUUUUAAUGUCGUCAAAAUAUUAUUACUGCAGAAGUAAUGACGGACUUUCCACCUACAGUAAACCAAAAAUGUUAAAAAAUUAACUUUCGCUCGUUUAUUGUUUUUUUUCCGGUCAAAGACAAUUGUUCUCGUCGAAAUAUUAUUCCUGCGGAUUUUUCACCUAAAGUAACCCAAAAAUGUUAUAAAUUGAACAUCCGCUCAUUUUUCGGUUAAAAUAUUAUUUCUGCGGACUGAAUGACGGACUUUCCUCCUACAGUAACCCAAAAAAAUAUUGAAAAUUCAGCUUCCGCUCGUUUAUUGUUUUUUUUUCAGAAAAACAAUAUUUCUUGUCAAAAAUAUUAUAUCUGCGAACUUAAUUACGGACUUAUCUCCUACAGUAAUCCAAAAAUUUUAUAAAUAUAGCUUUCGCUUGUUUUUUUCUUUUUUUUUUCUCAUCGAAAUAUUAUUUUUUCAGACUGAACGACAACCGCACGGUUUCUUCGGACGGAGACCAUCCUUUCGUUCUCGAGGACUUGAACAACACGCUCACCUACACUGGAAAGACCCUCGAAUACGUUCGCUACAACGCCUAA